AUGGAUUUGGAAGGAAUGUCCAUGGACCCGCUUUAUUUAUGUGGAGACGGCAGACGGCCAGUGGACGACGUUUUUGUACCUGCUACGAACGUCCAGCACACUACACUAAUGCCGAGUCUACUCAAUAUUACCCCCGAACGGACUACUGAGUUCAUGCACAAAGUCAUUGGAAUGAUUAUAUGCUACCGCGGAGAUGUCUUAUUUAAGAUGCUGAAAACGAAACAAUCCCAAGCGGAUAUGGCGGCUCGCUAG